UUUAAGAAAUUUGUAUAUUAAAUUCAUAGAUAUAAAGAUAGUUAGAUAGAUAGAUACUUUACAAAUCUUAAAAGAGAGUUAAGAAGAAUAAUAAUUAUUUUUAGGUUAGGUCAACAUAGAAUGUCGAGAGGUCCAUUUUAAGCAUCAGAAGAAUAAUAAAGAUAAGUUCAAGAGUAGAUAACUUUGUUAUCAACGCUGUUCAAAUUGAAUCAUAGAUGCUUUAAAAUUUGUUUGGGCAAUGAUAAAAACUACUUAGAAAAUUAAAAAUAAGCAAAAAUCCUUUUAUAUGGCAAAAAAAAUACUUCAGAAUAUUAAAAUACAAAAGAAGACUUUAAGAACUGUGUUUAAAGUUGUAGUUAUAAUUAUGCAAAAGCAAGAGGUUAUAUUAAAGACAACUUUAUCAAGGACAUGACCAUAGUUUAAGAAAAAAAUGAUGCUAUUUAUGAUUCAUUUUAUAAUGAAAAUAAAUCUUAUGAAGAUGUAGUUGAAGAAUUUAAAAAAAAAUAAUUUAAUUUCAAAAGUUAACCACAAUGA